UCCCAUUUGGAUUUUUCACGGUUUGAGCAAAUUUCUUCAGCUUUUUCGGGUGAUUAUGGGUCAAACACAUGGAACCGCGGACAAGGAGGUGACGCUUAAAAACAUCCAGAAGCUCUACCGCAAGUUUACCUUUGAGUGUCCCAGUGGAAAUCUGCACUUACACGAGUUCAAGAGGAUCUUUGGAGUCAACAGCAGUUCAACAGAGGAAGAAUCUGCAUAUAUGGACAAUUUAUUCCGGUCCUUCGACACAAAUAAGGACGGUAAAAUUGACUUCAUGGAGUACGUCGCCGGCGUUCAUAUGAUUCUUCGAGGAAAACUGGAAGACAAACUGAGAUGGUCUUUUAAAAUCUAUGACGGUGACGGAAACGGCUGUCUGGAGAGGGAAGAAGUAAAAAACAUCCUCCAAAUCAUCUACACAAUAAAGAGCCACAGUGAUGAGGACGCCACUGAGACUGUUGACGACAUCUGCAACAGAAUAUUUCAACUGCUGGACAAAAACGACGACUGUGAGAUUUCUCUGGAGGAGUUUAUUGAAGGAGCUGAGAAGGAUCCCUGGUUGAUGGAUCAGCUCCAGCUGGACAUCCGGCCUCGAGACUGGUUCAUUGAAAAGCAGGAGAAGAUGACCUGAGUCCUGAUAAACGAUUGGACGCCGAGUUGUGAUAAUAAUCUGCCAAAAUAACCCAAACUGUGCUAUUUGAUCUGCGAGGAGCAGAACGAAACCCUGAGGUCUUUGGAACUGAGGAUUGGAGAUAUCUAAUCACACACUUGACUUUCCAUCCUUCAUUUGGUUGUUGUGAACG